GCUGGAAGCGCGACUAUCCUCACCGCCCACUCCCACCUGAGGCUUGAUAACAUGUCUAAUAUGUGUGACUACUGCGGUGUACGACCGAAAUAUUAUGACAGCGCGACGGGAAAGACGCACGACUUUUGUGGGAGGACCUGCGCCUUGCAGGCGAAGGCGUCUAUGACCAACCUCUGCAUCGAAUGUGGACUGAAACCAAAGUUUGACGACGGUGUCAAGGCGUAUAAUUAUUGCGGGAAGACGUGUGCUCAGGAGGCGAAGGCUCGAGGUGGCGGUAGUCUCACUUCGGCCGAUGAUGAGACGUGUAAGUUUUGCAAGGUGCGCCCGAGGGAGUCCAGAGGGACGUGGACGUUUGCGUUCUGCAGCAAGACGUGUGCCUCUCGGGCAUGCAAGUAUUGCAAUGAGUACGAGAAAGAGUACGACCCCGCCUCUGGCAAGACGCUUGAUUACUGUAGCGAAUCAUGUGCUAGGAAGGAUCGGUCGGUGAAUGGGAACACAACGGGAAAGAAACCGGGCAUUGUCGAGCUUUCGCCUGGGUAUCAUCGCUUUCAGAGCGUCGCACACCAGUUCGAGGUGACGUGGAGACAUCCUACGACUUGUCCACCUGUCUCGAAGAUCUACCAGAUCAUAGGCGAUGCACCCUCAGUUGAUGCGUACACGGCGUACAAGCAAGCCCUAGAAAAUGCCGAAGACUUUCAAUCACAGAAUCUUGCGGAGGGGAACGAAGAGCGUCGGUGGCACGGAACGAAACGGGCAUGCCAGCUUGGUGACCCUGGUCAUACCAAACUUUGCACUCAUACAUCUUGCUCUCUGUGCAACAUCAUCCGCAACUCGUUCGACCUGAAGCACUUUGGAGAGCGAACUGGUUGGGGAAGAUUCGGUUGUGGCCUGUACACGUCCUCUACAUCUUCCAAAUCAAACGAUUACGCUAAGAACACCCACUCUGCAACCUCUUCACCUUUCAAAGCGAUGAUCCUGAGCAAAGUCGCGGUAGGAAGAGCCUACAAGUCGAAGCAGAACAUGGAGAACGCUACGAAGCCUCCUCGGGGAUACGAUUCGGUUGUUGGAGAAGUCGGGAAGGCGCUGAACUAUGACGAGCUUAUUGUGUAUCGAAGCGAUGCAAUUAUUCCAGUUUACCUGGUCAUCUAUGGUUGAUCAUCGACAGACUCUGGUUUGUGUUGUUGUGAGCACCUCGGCCUUAGUUGCGUUUCGGACGUUUGUACUUGUAUAUCU